AUGGCGGACGGUUACCAGCUGUGGGCGCCGCGCUCGCCGCUGGACGAGGCGCUGCGCUGGCUGCGCGGCGGCGCGGCGCGGCCCGCCACGGCGCACCCGUUCCGCGGCGGCGGCCCCGCGGCGGGCGCGCUGCUGCGCGGGCGCGUUGCGGGCGCGGCGCCGCGGCGGCCACAGGCCGUGCGGGUGCGCGGCCUCGACGCCGUUUUCGGGCGGCUCGUGACGGCGCAGCCGCCGCGCUGGACGGGCGCGCUGCGGGUGUCGGAGCGCUCCGCCUUCUGCCGCGUGGUGGGCGCCCGGCAGAGGCGGCCGUGCGCGCUGCGGGCGCCGCAGGCCCGAGCCGCCGCCGCCAUGUGCCGGCAGAUGCUGCGCGCCAUCCUGCUGCUCUACGCCGCCUACAAGAAGUGCGCCUUCGCCCUGCAGCACGCGCGCUGA